AUGUCGGAUAGGGAGCCGUAGUUGUGGUCGGAGAGUUUAGCAGCGAUACUUCACACGCUUAAGUCAAAUGAGUGACUCUGAGAACCCGGAGGAGAAGGGUGACUCUGUUCCUGAGGCUAAAUGGCCUGAAAACGGAGAUCAGUGGAGUGAUGGAGAAGAAUCUGGACUCAUUCAAGAAAUGGUGGAGGAGGACGAGGAUAUUGACCUGUACAAUGAAGAGACCUUCGGAUUAGACAUAAAUGCUGAAGAUCUGGACGCAGAUCCUGUCGAUCUCCUAUUACUGGAAGGAAACCAGCCCUCCUCACACCAUCCUCCAUCACCACCGGAAGCCUCUCCUCCCAGACCUAAAGUUGAAAUCAAGCCCCAGGCUCCUGCAAGCCUGAGUGAAAAGUUCCGCAGCCGGAGGGAGCGAGUCGGCAAGGGGCAGCUGCUGGAUGACCCGGCUGUGAUGAGGACUGUGGAAGGUCCACCCAGUCUCAAGAGUUUGGACAGCGCUAUUGUGGACUGUGGACGCAGUUCAGGCUGGGGGGAUCUUAAUGCGAACACGUGGAUGAUGUCACCUUACGGCCCAACGAGACAAGCGCCCCUCUUACAGGACAAAGCCAUUGUGCGAGUGAUCGACCGGUCAUCUCGUGGCAGGAUGCCGUUCGCCUCGCCUACCUUGCGCUCCCCGCUGCCGAGGACUCUCCCUCAGCAAUCGCCCAUGUGUCCGCUGAUAACUAGAUCUCCGUUACGUCCUCAAAGUCCAUUUUCAAUUAAACAGCACUACAACCAGCCAGGUAUUUAUCUCUCACCUUCCACACCACGCUUCCAUUCUCCCAAAAUGAUGCCUCUCCAGUUUGGACCGAACUCGCCCCGGCCCGGCCCCUGCUUCAGCCCUUUGCCCGGUUCCCUCCCUCAGAGGUUCAGGUUCCCAGUCCUGGCGACUCAACUCCAUCCACAGCACAAGAGACUGCUGAGCCAGCGUCCGCAAGGCUUUCGGAGAAAGCCAAAGGAUUGGGACCAAUAUGCUGAGAUAAUGUCGGCCAAAGAGAAGGAGUGGAUCAUUAAGUUGCAGAUGAUCCAACUACAAAGCGAAAACCCACAUCAGGAUGAUUAUUACUACCAGGAAUACUAUCGAAGACUGGAGACCAAAUUAGCUGAGGAAGAAAUGCUGGGUGACCGCUCCAAGAGGGAACCACCAAAACUCACCACACCAUACGUCACUAAAACUGUUUCCUAUACCCCGGUGGUUCAUAUCGAGGGCUCGCUGGGUCAAGUCGCAGUUUCUACGUGUUACUCGCCACGCCGAGCCAUCGACGCGGUCCAUGGUCACACUGUGGAGGAACAGAAAGACAUCAGACAGCAAAGACUUGAGGUGCUGAGCACGAUUGAGAAGUGCUAUAUCAUUUUGUUGGGGGUGGAGGAAGCCGAGAGAGCGAAGGCCAGUGUAUCGGAUGAGGAGGAGCGGCAGAGAAGGCUAAAGACCAUUCAGAGAGGAGUGGAGCAGAUCAGCAGCCAGCUGUGCAACCCAGGCUCUCUGGAGUCUGCAGAAGAGUUCCUACCAUGCAUCUUGGUUGCAAAAGGGAAAAAACUGCUGUCCAGACUCCUCCCAUUUUUAUCCAGUGAUGCAUCUCUGCAGGUUUUGAGAGCAAUCACAACACACCUGCCGGUGCUGAUAAGCCGAGAUGCAGAUGAGGCACUUCCUGUCCUCUACCCGUCUCUCCGAGCUGUGAUCAGCACGCUAACGUUUACCCAGCUGGUUAGCAUUCUCCGUGACUUCACCACAGCCUUACCUGACUCCAAAGACUCGCGAUUAACGCUGGCUUGCCAAAAUAAGUUUGGUCUGUCGUUGCUGUACUUGUUGCUUUCGCAAGGUGAAAGACUCCUGACUUCUGACGUCCCCAUGGAGCCAAGCAUCGGCGAUUUCGAAACCUGGACGGAUACGGUUUUCCAUGUAGCGCGGCAGCUGUCCCGGUCAUCCCUCAUCGAGCCGCUCUGCUUGCCCUCUAACCUGCUCACGCUGUUCUGUCGUUAUUUGGACAAACGCACAGUCCAGCAGCUCAAGAACAACAUGGAGUCCUCAACUGGCUAUCUGGCUGUAGGUUCCUGAGAAGAAAUGUUUGUUUUUUUUAUUUAUUCUUUUUUUUUUGUUU